CUCGCCUUCAGUUUAGCGCGGAACUCUGGGCAACGAGCACCUGUAGAAGCGAAAGAUGAAAGCGAUUGGUUUGGGAUUCAUCCUCGUCACCUUGCGGGUAGCGCUCUCCCAUGGAAGCCCAGUUGGUCGGGAGGCGAUCGGAGGUCCGAUGGCGAUGCGGGGAUUCAACAACAGCCUGGGAACUUUCGUGGAGUACAGCGGUCAGGCGUCGCUAGCCUCCAAAGAUUGGGAGUUAUGUGCCAGCUUCAACUUGGAGUCGCUUUAUCUGGCAAUAAUUGCAUUCAAUAGUGUCUACAAGGAUGUGGUCGAUGAGUGCGAAAGGCAAAGCAAUAGUUGUCCAGAAAUUAUGAACAUUACAAAGUUUGCGGAUAGUAUUCUUCACGAUGGACUAAUGGACUUGGAGAACGCGUUGUACUGGAUGGCCGGACGACGGUCUUCAGCAGAAGACGACGUGGGCAACGAGCUUAGGAUGGGAACAUCCUGCAUUGACAGCUCCAUUAAUGUUAUAAAUGUAAGCCUUCAAGAACCCCUUCAAGAUAUGAUGAAGCCGUAUCUAUACUUUAUGGGCAACAGACUAAAAAGUGCCCAGAAUGCCAUAACUGAAGCCAUAAUCUCCGCCCACCAGGGAAAGCUUAGUCCUCUUGUCCUUUCAAUCAAACAGCUGCAAGCGAAGAUGCCGCCAAUUCUGGGUGAUCUUUCACGGAGUGGAAUCCGGAAUGUUUACCUCCUCGCCUCCGUUGUUCCUCGGCAGCGGGGCAACCAAUGGGAGUUCCAAAUCACAGUGCCCUUGCUCGAUGCGGAGAAGUUUAAUAUCUACCGAUUGACGCCCAUUCCACGGUUAAACAAUGGCGUAAUCCAACUGGUGGAAACCGAAACACCUUAUCUGGGCAUCAACGAUCAUCUGGACAGGUAUUUUCCGCUUCAGAACUUGGACGACUGCAUCAAGUUGGGCGAAGAAAGGUUCGUUUGCAGGCACAACCACAUUAUCUACGGGACUGGGGAUGACAGUUUUGACUGCUCCCUGGCGGCCAUACGGAACCAGUCUUCCGCAGUCUGCACCUUGCGUCAAGUGGAGGAGAAGAGUCUGUGGACACAGAUGGUGGCACCGAACUCCUGGAUGGUGGCCCUUACCAAGGAGCUAACUUUAAUAGGAGUGUGCUCUGGUGAGAGGCAGGAGCUCCAGAUAAAUGGCAGUGGAAUCCUGAGCAUUCAAAGUGACUGUGCCGUGCGCAGUCCAGCUGUCACCCUCCAUGGACAACCCCGGAAAACAGUUCCUUCGAAAAGGGGUUACGCAGCGCUGCAGCAGGACUCAAAAUCUUCACGGGAAUCCGUGAGCCUGGAAUCAUUUAAUCAACUCCUGGCGAUCGUGGGCCAACUGGAGCUGAACCAGAAAAAGCCGGAAGCUGUCCGAGAUUUUCCAAUGGUGGUCAUAGCUGUCUGCCCAGCCAUAUUGCUGGUCGCCUUACUGGCUUCGGCGACCUGGUUAUAUCGCACCCAUCGGAGCAAACAACUUGCGCAGGCUCAAAGUCCAGUCAACGAAGUCAAUGGUCUCCAGGAGCCACAGAAUCGCCGCAAAACCUGCAAUCUUCCCCUGCUGGAAAAACAGGAAACCUAGAAAAUCCGGAGAGGCGGCUGCGUGGGCAUAGGUUCAUCUGAUGAAAUUGCAAAGAGAGCUAAGAUUCUUUAACAAGUUCUUGUGUCGAUUAUAAUACAGUUUUAUUUGUUUGGUUUGAUUGCAAUAAAUAUUAGUUACUCUCUUCAUGUA